GACUCAGUAGAUCCACCUAGAUCUACGGAGUAGCUAUGAUAACCAACUGGCAUCGUAGUUUAGACCUCUACGCUCUAAUAAUGACAAUGUGUAUCCGGAGAUGCCCGGACUGGAUGCAGAGUCGUAAACGGGCAAAACCGUUUAUUCGAUCUGGUGUUCUUGAGUAGGCUGAUACACACGACAACUAGCUGGCAACUGACGUGCAGAGUGUGAGGGUAGCUCUUCGAAGAUCUCCUCUUCGGAAUUCGAAAAAGCUUCUCUGUAUCGGAAGCUUCUCUGUAUCGGAGUGGCCAUCCCAGGCUUGUGCAAACUCUCAAGGCGCCUGGUCGUCCAUCGCUGUUGUCACUGCGCAUGCAAAGUGCUCUGCCAAAGGUGUGAAGUGCGGGAAGGAGAGCGACGACCAACGUUUGAAUCAUGCCGAUACCGGCGUCGCUUGCUGCGCACUUGCCCGCGCACCAGGCCGCCAGGGACGGCGAUAUUAGCGGUCUUGAGCGGCUGCUGGACGGUAGCGGAGUGGCGAUCUUCCAGAGCGUGGACGACACUUCAGGGGACACUGCUCUGCACAUUGCGGCCGAGGAAGGCCAGCUUGAGUGCGUUACUUGGCUGUUGCGACAUGGCGACAUUUACUACCGGACCAAGAACACCACUGGCGAAACGCCAGCAUACAAGGCGGCGCUCAAUGGGCACUUGGACUGUCUGGAGACGCUCAUUGAGUUCGACAAGGAGAAAGCGAGUACGGCGGCAAACGAGGCGAACAACCAGGGCCUGACUUGCCUGCACACUGCCACUAUCCACAACCACAUGGCGGUUAUCAAAUGGCUCCUGAAUCGCUACCAUUCGACGGCAUUCGCCAUGAACGAGUUUGGCGCAUCGGCUGUUCACUUUGCCGCCGCACAGGGUAAUGUUGAUAUUCUGAAGCUGCUGACGGAACAUCUAGGAGCUGCCGCGGCCAACAGCAGAGACUUCAAUGGCGCCACACCAAUCUACUUUGCAGCGCAGGAAGGUCGGCUAGUGGCUCUUCAGUACCUGGUGACCGAGUGCACAGGUGAUCCGAUGAUCCGCGCCAACGACGGCAUGACAGCUGUGCAUGCCGCCACUCAACUCGGUCACUUGGAGACUGUGCGGUGGCUGAUUGGGGAGAUAGGAACACAUGGCAUUGCUGAUCGGACCAAAGACGGUGCUACGCCAGUUCACUUUGCUGCAGCCAAAGGCUACACGUAUCUACUGCGCUGGUUCUUCGACACGCACCCAGAGCCGAAUGUUCUAGCACGACUGUGUGACAAUGCCGAUGCAACACCAGCACAUGAUGCAGCAGAGUUCGGACAAGUGGAUGCACUGAAGCUUCUAUUACGCCACGGUGCAGACCUGUAUGCUACAGACCGGGAUGGUGCAAGCCCGUAUUCGCUGGCAACCGGUCAACCGGGCGAGGAAAUUGACGAGUUUGUGACCCAGUACGCCAGCUCCGGUGCAAUGGAGGCACAGUAUCGCCGCCAGAGUGCACCCAACACGAGCGCACUCGAGGUCCGGAAGGCCGGCGAUAACAAAAAGAUCUCAACGUCAAGCCUGGCUAACUACUAUCGCAACGUCACGCCGGCACAGGCGAUCGUGCCCCAGCCUCCCGAGGAAAUCCUCGCCGAAGAGUCUGACGAGGGGCCGACCAGAGAUUUCUCCGUUCGUACGAGAAGCGUAGAGGCUCAAGAGAUCCUGGAAGCGCAGGCGGCCGUUGCUCGUGUUCUCGGCGAGGGAAUACAGUUCAGCGAUGCGGAAGAAGCGGCGGAGCUUCGGACCAAGAAGAAGGCGAAGAAGGGCGAGAAGGAAAGGUCGCCGCUGCAUCCUCAGAGUGUGCUCAAGGUCCUGGGCAAGGACAUCGAUGCAGUGGGUGGUCUAACAGCCGGUCCGCAGAAUGGCGAUAUGUACUCGGUGCCUGGCAGCAAGAAGUACGGUCAAAAGCAUGCAAGUCACCGUGACGAUAUUGACGGCCACCCGUUAAUCCGUGGAGGACGUGACCAUGAUGGCGCUGAGUCUGGCGGUGGUCAUCUUGAGCAGUGGUAUGAAACCAGCAAGGGCAAACAAGUAGCAGCAGAUGUCAAGAAAGCGGGCAGGGACUCGACGGGAACUUCACCGAGCACAAGCAGAAGAAACUCUGGUUCAUCGGGAAGCUGGUGGGGCCAGGAUUCUGGUGGAAACGAGCCAGGUGACAAACCACCGCUGGCUAUCCCCCGCAACAUGACAUCGGGCAACAGCUAUGCUGCUUCGGACACAAAUGAUGACUCUGAAGCCUCGCCCACUCCACUUCUCAAGCGCACGGGCCGCCAGCAUUCCUACAUUCAGAAGAGCUUCCGACCUCUGAAGCCGGGCUUCAAACCGAACCCUGCGGCUGACCAAGUGGAUGGACCGGCAGAUCCAGGUGUUCAGCCGGUGCGAGGGUCGUCGCGUGUUCCUGGCCGGCAAACAAGGCGCCAUAACAGGAUGGCGCACAAGCCGCUGGGACCUGGCAUGCCGAUGGGCUAUGGUCCGCCUGGCAUGUUCCCGCCGCCGGGGGUCAGACUACCACCGCACCUACUGCCACCUGGAAUGAGGCCGUUCCGACCGGGCAUGGUACCCCCGCCCGGCAUGAUGCCUUUCCCCCCGGGUAUGAUGGGUCCACCCGGUAUGAUGCCCUACCCGGGUCGCAUGCCCCCACCCGGUGUCCGGAUGCCGUUCCCGGUUGGCAUGGUACCACCGCGACGUACUACCCGAAAGCAGUCCCGUGCCAGAAGCGACGUUCACGAAAACGGAUCGACCGAGAAUGUUGCUGACAUAACGGCCGAAGAGGCACCAGCUCAGGGUCGACCGAGGGCUUCGAGUGAGUCAGCCCUGCAGGGAGCAGCAAUGCAGCGUGCCCAGCGCCGCAGAAUGUCAAAUAUGAGACCGAUGAAUCCUUACGUGGGUGCAUAUCCUCCACCACUACCACACGGCAUGGUACCACAUCCAGGCAUGGUACCACCGCCUCCUCACAUGAUGGCUCCCCCAGGCAUGGUACACCCGGGAGGACCACCACUACCAGCUCCGGGCAUGAUGCUGGGUCCAGCGCAGUCCAUGGGCAAUGUAUCGCAGGACAUGAACACGGAGGUUGUGCAGAGGCGCAUGCAGCACUACAUGCACAAGCAGAGCAAGAUCUACUCCAGACCGCCAAACGCCAAGGUACCUGACGAUGACAAUGUCUCCAUCAGCAGCAUGCUGAUAGAGGACUACGAGGUCGGAAGCACUAUCGCAGCCCUGGCACUGACAGCAGCCGUAGUCGGUAUCACUAUGGUUGCUCCGGUCAAGAAGAAACGCAUGGCCAAGCUACUCGCUGCGCUCAGCAGCGGAGCAGGUGCAGCAGCGGCACGAGAAUGGGAGAUCGGUGUGCGAACGAAGAGCGGCAGUCCGGAGACCGAGGAGGCCAAGCCGCUGGAAUCGCAGGUCGAGUACCGCAAAGCACCGCAUCACUACGUGCCGCCCAAUGCUCCUGCUGAUCAAACGUACGCUGCUCCGAGCGCAACGCAUUUGAAGGCAGCUAAGUCUGUGAAAAGGACUGGCUCCUUCCUGGACAAGCUGCGGGGAUCGAACAAGCCCAAGCCGUCACCGCUCUUGCCCCGGGACCCUUUCAAGUACAACCAGCAAAUGGAGAGUCAGUCCGAGAACUGGACUCAGAGUGAUCCACUCAGCACGGAGGAGGCGCGCCGUCAGAACCAGGAAGGCAAGGCACUGUCUGCCGAAGAUCAGCUGCGGGGAUCCAGUGUGCUGGGAAACCUGAAACAGGGUAUCUCGUUGCGCAACUUGACAUCAUCACUUGCUCUCCCACCGGCCACGUCCAAUCCCUAUUUGCUCGCCGAGCAGCCAUCCAAGGACACUCCGGAAUUCCUGCACCAUGCUGAUGCCAAGGCCGAGGCCGAGGCCAAGGGCAAUUCCAUGACUCUGUCGCAGAUUCUCUGGGGCGGUGCAACGGUGGCGGACGACGCCAGCACAAGCUCCGAGGAUGAACACCAAGGUGACUUCGACGCUUGGUUGCAGAAAAAGCGAAAGGCCAGCACCGACAGAGCCGAGCACGUUGAUAGUACUCUGCCGAGAAUGGUUGCCACGGAGACCAGCACGGAGGAAGCUGGGGCAGCUGCGGCUGCUGCCGCUGCUGUGCCUGCUCUGCAGGCUGAGAUGGCCGAGAAGCAAGAGGCCACUCCUUUGAUGCCUGCUCGUCAGGUGCAGGAGCCGGCACAGAUUGCGUCGGCAGUGGUGCGCGUCCAGGGAGCGCAGAUGAACCCGGUGCUCGUGCAGCUGGAGGCCGCUGACGACGGCAGUGGAAUCAAUCUGCACGAGGGCCUGUCGCUGUCGGCAAAACCCGGUGACAGUCGUGUGGGAGCCACAAUCAACACUGGCAUCGCCGCUGUGGACGGUGCUAUUCCACCUGCGCCCGUCCUGCCAAUGCCAGGAGGAGAAUCCAUCCCAGAGCCACCGAGAUUGCCGCCAUCACUCAUUCCAACUGGGAAGGGUUUGGGCCCGCUCAGUGCGCAACCGAGACCGUCCUCUGGGGGCAGGCCUAAAGUAGAGCUUUCCCGGGUUGUGGACCGAACGAGACAAGCCCAUCAGGCGCAGAGCAGAAGCACCGAGAAGCAGGGAGGGGAAGAAGACAGGCAGAAGCGUCGACAGACGCUAGUCCGUCGCCAUAGCCAGAAUGUGACCAGGGGUAUGACGAAGAAGAUCAGCGCGUUGGAGAUGCGGCUCGGAGACUCACAGCUUGCUCACGACCUGGUCAUGGCCAGUGAUGAGAAAUUUGCGCGAGAGAGAGAAGGCGUAGUGGAAGCGGACAGCCGGCCACCUCCGCUCCAUGCUCAGGUGCUGAGCACAGCAGCCGUGGAGUCCAGUGCCGCGGCAGCCGUUGUCACCGACAACGAAGGACCUUGACUGACACCGCCGGACCGCCGGAAAGCGUGCGCGAUGCGACUAGAUGGCCUCUUGUCCGGACACAACACGCAGUCAGAAUGAUCUGAACUGUGGCAAUGGCUACCACUGAAUUCAUUAUCUAGAACAUUGCCAAAAAGUCACAAAGAGUACAGGUCAACUUCUGUUAUCUUCUACAAACCCAGCUAAGACAGUAUUAAAGCCGAAUUAGAUACUGUCAUUAAUUAACUGUGUAUUGUACCAUAGUAAUGCAUGAGAAUGUGGAGAGUUGUGCUACUCUAGUAACCAGUAUGACCACACUACUGUGCACUGUGCCGGCCUCAGUAUAUUCUCAUCAAUUGCCUGAUGCGAUCAGUCUGGCCUUGAGCAAAGCGUUAAUUCUGUUAAUUAAAAAAAACGCAAUAGUUUUGCCGGCAGGGGUUUCAUUUUUUUCAGUGUGGCACCGCCACACAUCUGUCAGCAACUGGUGCUGUAUGGCAAGCUCCACCACCAUGGAGCAUUUUUUGUAAUGAGAAGCUACUAAUGCAUGUACCUGUAUAUGCAGUCACUAUAGCCAUUAUCUAUCAACUUAGAAGCAUUCUUUUGUUCCAUGUCCACUGCUUGAAUGGUACCGACAGAUAAUACUGUGACAAUCUGUCUGAUAAAGAACAAUACUGGUGACGUGCAGAA